AUGAAACCAAUCAAUUCCUAUCAAAGUACCAGCUAUAAUCGGCCAAAUAUAGAUAGCAGUUUGCUUUCGGAAUUUAAACCAAAAAUAUCUUUAGUAAUGGUUGUAUCCAGAAUCGUUGAUACACUUAAAUUUACAGGGGAAACCUUAAAAGGAGCUGCUAUAACAUUAGCCUCUCCAAAUGCUCCAAUUCCAGAAUCAAAAGUUAUAGCUAAUCGUAUGCCAGCAAGACCUUUUACUGCAGCUGAAUGGUUCCGUAUGUGGUCAUGGAGAUAUUCAUGGAAAUAUAUGCCAAUCUUCCGUAAUUUUCUCUAUUCUGGUCUUAUUGUUUAUGGUGUCAUAAAAUUUGUUUUACCAAUUAAACCACGACACAAGAUUCAAUAUGCUCAAGCUGUUGAGAAUGCACAUCAUCAUGAAGUUGAAAAAUUCUAUGGUUAUAGACAAAAAGUCCAAGAUGCUCUUUAUUUCAAGAAAUACAACCCACUCAAGAAGGAGGGAGAAAUUGAUGUUUCUGGACACCAUUAG